AUGCUAAGAUGCCUUGUUACUUUAACUAUGACAAUUAAGCAAGUGGUACUUGUUUAUCUGUGAAUUUCAGCAACGCUGCUAGGCAGCAGCGGUGGCCGCAGUAGUAGACUCUUCGGUCUCCUGAUCAGUCGCCGUGCGCUGUGCGGGUUCGAGUCCCGUUCCAGGAGAAAUUUUUCUCUUGGCUAUGGAUGUUGUGAUUGUCCUCCUCAUAUGGUAAGGUGUAGGAAUGUAGCUGAAAGCCAGCCAAAGCAGUACAACGUUAAGGUUUCAAGCAAUGCUAGGUUCAAUGUAGCAUGUAGCUCUGGUCAAAUCCUGGUCUCAGUUAUACAAUGCAAGCUCGCACACAGCCCAAAAAACAAGGCAGUAUUUAACGGAAGAAAACGUGGAAUUAUUGGACCAUCCUCCAUAUAGUGGUAGACGGUCUCUGACUGUCGAACGCGGAGGUACCACCCGGCGGAUCUCGUAGGCGGAGCCAGAAUGUGUGCAAGUUGCAUGCACACGUGUUCCCUCUCCAGAGUCCGUAUGGUGUUCCCUCUCUCUCCGGUAUCCCACUAUAGCCCCACGGUACC